AUGCGUCAUCGACGCAUUGGACCACUGGCCGGCGCUGGCCUGGGCCUCGGGCUGGUCGCGAUCGCCUCAGGGCAAACACAAUGUUUCUUUCCCAACGGCACCGACGCCCUCCGAACCAAUCCAAACGGCGACUUCUUCCCCUGCGAGUACCCCGGCUUAGGCAUGUGCUGCGCUUCGCUAGACGACAGAUGUCUUGGUGCGCUUUGCUGGUCCAGCACGACGAAUGGUCUGUACCGCGGCGGCUGUACUGAUACGGCAUGGGAGUCUGAGGAGUGCCUGCACCUUUGCACAGGCGGCGAAUAUCUCGAGGGCGACGAGACGAAAACCCCCAUGGACAGUCGCAACGUGCCAGUGACGCAAUGCACCGAUGGCCGUUACUGCUGCGGUAAUCGGACAGAUGUGAGAAGCUGCUGCAACGGUGGCGGAGGCUUCUAUGUCAAUGGCACGACCAUUAGGGUCGCCGAAGGGAACAGCAGUCGUGUUAGCCCACCAGUCUCUACCGCGACGUCUCAAGGAGCGGCACCGGGGACGAGCACGGGAGCAGUCGCCGACGAGCAGCAGAUGGGACCAGCAAAAGACGCCGCUUUAGGGAGUAGUGUUGUUGUUGGCGCCGCGGUGGGCGGCUGGCUCGGUACGCUGCUCCUGGUAUCUCUCGCGUUGUUGGGCGCCUUCUUUUGGCGGCGGAAGAAGGAGAGAUUGCCAACUGCUCAGGUAGACUCGGAAGUUGCGAGUAUAAAUGCUUCGAGCAGAAAGGCUCCCGACAUGCACGAAGCUCCAAGUCCGACCGACAAUAUCCCAGAAGAAAUGCCCACGAGUAAUGGGGUGGUCGAGAUUUCGGGUGUCUCGCGGGCUGAGGUGCCUGGCGACCAUUGCUACGAACUCGACUCGAAAUCUAUAAACUGGGAAAAGCGGGCAUGGGCUUUCAGUACGAACGGCAGCUCGGAAGUCAUUGGCGAUGGAAGUAGAUGA